AUGAAGUUCUACACCUACCUCUUGAUGGCCCUUGCUGCCGUUUCAAUGGCCAUGGCCUCUGCUCCUGCAGUUUCAACGCCAUCAACAUUUGUUGAAAUCAAAGCUGAAAUUGAUCUUUUAUCAGACAGUUGCAGCAGUUUAUCAAAAAUUCCUGCUUCUCCAAUCGUUUCAGUUUCCGUUGCUGCUCAAAUUUCUGCAGAAAUUCAAGCAGUAGUUGCCGUUUUCGUUGAUCUUAAGGCAAUGAUUCAAGCUUACGUUGGUGUUUUGGCAGUUGUUGAAGUUGAUGCAAUCCUUGCCGUUUUGGUGAAUGUUUCCGUUUAUCUCAAACUUGCAGUCAAUAUCUUGAUUGCCCUUCAAAUUGGUGGUGCAGGUAACGAUUUGCUCGAUUUGCAAGUUUCAGUCAACGCUUUCGUCGAUGCAUUCUUGGCAAUCGUUCCUGAUGCAUCAAAGGAUUCAGCAACAUCCACAUGUCAACAAAUUCAACAAACUGCAACAAAAGGUUGCUCCGAUUACCAAACAUGUUAA